UUGCCGAAAAAAACCACAGAAUUUGAAUCCAAUAAAUAGUUCGGAAUUACCCAGAAUCUUUAUUCCUUUCUUCCUCCGCCUUAGCUUAUCUCUCCGAUUGGAUACAUUUGAAGAAACUGGUUUCUUUGUGCUGUGCUAAAUGGGGGCACCUAAGCAGAAAUGGACUGCAGAAGAAGAGGCAGCACUGAAAGCAGGAGUCAUCAAGCAUGGGCCUGGAAAGUGGCGUACCAUACUUAAAGACCCUGAGUUUAGCAGUGUUUUGUACCUGCGUUCCAACGUGGAUCUCAAGGAUAAGUGGAGAAAUAUGAGCGUGAUGGCAAAUGGAUGGGGUUCUAGGGACAAAGCAAGGUUGGCUGUAAGGAGGACCCCGGCUGUGCCAAAGCAGGAAGAUAAUGCAUUGGGCCAAAGUUCUUUUAUUCCAAGUGAUGAAGAAUUGGAAGAUGUUAAGCCCCAUGCAGCUUCGAGUAGUGCCCUCCAGAUUCCAACUGCUCCAAAGAGAUCUAUUGAAAGAUUGGAUAACCUCAUCAUUGAGGCUAUAACAAGCUUGAAAGAGCCUGGUGGUUCUAAUAAGACAACUAUUGCAGAAUACAUAGAGGAUAAAUAUCGGGCACCUUCAGACUUUAAGAGGAUCUUGUCAGCAAAAUUGAAGUAUUUAACAACCUGUGGCAAACUGAUUAAGGUUAAACGCAAGUAUAGAAUUGCACCUAUUCUGCCAUAUCCAGAGAGGAGGACAAACCCUACCAUGUUACACUCUGAUAUACCAGUCUCUUCUAGAGUUGAGAUUGAUGAUAUUGUUAUUCCUACAAUGGAGGAGAUAGAGUUAGAAUUAGCCAAGAUGCGGACUAUGACUCCACAGGAGGCUGCUGCUGCUGCUGCUCAAGCUGUUGCAGAGGCUGAAGCUGCAAUAGCAGCAGCUGAGCAAGCUGCAAGAGAGGCGGAUGAAGCAGAAGCCCAGGCAGAAGCAGCACAAGCCCAUGCAGAAGCAGCAAUGAAGACACUACAAGAAAGAAAGCCUGGCAAGAUGUGGCCUCACUGCCCCACCCUGGGUCUGUCCAUGUAUCCACUGGUUGCUUUCUAAACCACAAAUUGCACUAAAAGUCAUGAAAGCUGAAGAGAGAAUACAAGGGCCUCGAGCUUGAUGGAAACUGACAAAAUAAGCCUGAGUGAUGGACCUAGGGAUCGUUUUGUAGGACACAGUUGCAUAAUCUCACCAGUAGAUGUGGUUGAGGCCUUUGCUGACUCUUGCACAAAAUUUUCUUUACACACAGAUCCUGCUGGAAUGUAGGUGUUCUGAAACAUCUUUUCUUGGUUGUAAUUUCAAUGUAGGACUUCAUCCCUAUUGUUUUUCUUGGGGAAUUUUCUGGAUUGUAGUUGCUAUUUAUUCAUUGUUAGAGCCUCCAGGGAAUGCAGGAAAACUACAGUUGUAUAAAGCGAUAGAAAACAGUUUGGUUCUGACCAAUAUCUCUAUCAUGUAGCUUGUUAAAUCACUCUUUUCUUUGAUAGAAGUCAAUAGAUUUCUGUUAGAACUUAUUUGAUCGAGAGUACCAACGGAGGGAGGAAAUGAUUGUUGGUACCGUAAAUAGUAUUAGUAAAACCGAGGGAGGUUUUGCCUAGGAAGAUAAUGUUAUGUCAUGUGCAAUGCAUUUUUGUUGGAAGGUUGAAUAUUAUUAUUAUUAUUAUUAUUUUUUGAACAAAUUCACAAAGAGCUG